AUGUCCGAUCCCGAUAUCUAUGUCCCCUCACAAACCGAAAAGGGACCACUACAUGCCCGAGAUGUCGAACAAGCCCGGAUGCCCUGCUUCCUGGGACUGGACUAUCCAGAUGACAACGGCCACCUCCCGGAAACAUGCCCCCUCUGCUUCGACGACAUGACCCACGACUCGAUAUUCCGACGUCUCCCCUGCAACCAUCUCAUUCAUAAACAAUGCAUAGACAAAUGGCUCUGUACAAAAGACGGGAGUUGUCCGUUUUGCCGAGAGACAUUCUACCACUUACGCAGGCCGAUUGUGGUUCGGGAGUCGUUGCCGGAGCCUAUAGAAGAUGAGGAUAAGGAUGAGUUGGAGGUGGGGAGGGCUGCGUUUGUGCUUUGGUGGAAAAAGAUGCUGUGUUUAGUAUAA